CUAACAUUGAAUAUAUACAUCUCUGUCUUCUCUGUCCCUUUCUUCUUCUUUUCUCAAUAAAAUUAAAAAAAUGUCCCAAGAUUCUGCGACUACUACUACUGCUUCUCCGCCGCGACCUUCAACUGCCGUCGAGACAAUGCCGAAGGAUUCCCAUACCAAUCCUUCCUCUUCUCUAAUGAAACAAGACUUUAAGGAUGAAGAAGAAAAGCCAAAGCAACUACCUUUGGAGCCGGAGAUGAUUCAGCCGCCGCCGGUGACUCCCGAACCAAAUCCGCAGCUGAGCUCUGACCAAGAUUCGUCGUUGCCUUUAGUUCCGGAGCCGGAGGAGACCAACAACGCGGCGGAGGUGACAGAGCAGUCUCACCAAGUCACGCCGGAGACAGCGACUUUGGAGCAAGAAGGUCCCGAACACGCGGCGGAGAAUUCAGAACCGCCGGUGACUACAGAGCCAAAUCCACAGCGGAGUUCCGAGCAAGAUUCUUCGUUGCCUUUAGUUUCGGAGCCGGAGGAGACCAACCACGCGAUAGAGGUUUCAGAGCAGCCUCACCAAGUGACGCCGGAGACAGUGACUUUGGAGCAAGAAGGUUCCAACCAUGCGGCCGAAGAUUCAGAACCACUUGCAGUAACGGCAGAGAAAAUGUCUUCGGAGCCAGAAGGCCUCAAACACGCGGCUGAGGAUUCAGAGCAGCCACAUCAAGUGAGGCCGGAGACAGAGCCAGAGGAGCCUAACCAUACGGUCGAGAGUGAUUCAGAGAAACCACAUCAAGUGACGCCGGAGACAGAGCCAACGCAGAAACUGAUGUUAGAAAAGCGGAAAAAGUACACGGAGGUUGCAGACUGGACAGAGCCGGAACCACCAGACGCGGCGGUGUUAGAAGCUGCAGCGUCGGCGCCUCAGCCAAAGCAAACAGAGCCUCAAAACCCUGUAGUGGCAGCUCAACCACCAGCUUCUUCCGUGAAAACAAGAUCCUUGGCGGAGAUGAUGAACAGGGAAGAAGCUGAAGAGAAACCAAAGAUUCAGAUUCCUCAUAGCCUCGGCUCCUUCAAGGAAGAAACAAACAGAAUCUCCGAUCUCUCAGUCCACGAGUUAAACGCUCUUCACGAGCUCCGUCACCUCUUGCAAGAAUCAACCACCAUUGACUCCAGCAAAAGCUUCAUAUGGGGUGUGCCACUUCUCAAAGACGACAGAAGCGACGUCGUUUUGCUGAAAUACUUGAGAGCGAGAGAUUUCAAACCGCAAGAAGCUUACUCAAUGCUCACCAAGACACUCCAGUGGAGAAUGGAGUUCAACAUCGAGGAGCUUCUCGACGAAAACCUCGGAGACGAUUUAGACAAGGUUGUGUUCAUGCAAGGGCAAGACAGGGAGAAUCAUCCUGUCUGUUACAACGUCUACGGUGAGUUUCAGGACAAGGAUCUUUAUCGGAAGACGUUCUCGGACGAGGAGAAGAGAGACCGGUUCUUGAGGUGGAGGAUUCAGUUUCUUGAGCAGAGUAUAAGGAAGCUAGAUUUUGUGGCUGGUGGGGUUUCCACGAUCUGUCAAGUAAACGAUCUGAAGAACUCUCCAGGACCUGGUAAAACCGAGCUCAGGGUAGCCACUAAGCAAGCUCUUCAUCUUCUUCAAGACAAUUACCCUGAGUUUAUCUCUAAACAGAUAUUCAUCAACGUUCCAUGGUGGUACCUUGCUUUCUAUAGAAUUAUCAGCCCUUUCAUGACCCAAAGGUCAAAGAGCAAACUCGUUUUCUCAGGUCCUUCAAGAUCUGCAGAAACCCUUUUCAAGUACAUAUCACCGGAACAUGUCCCGGUUCAGUACGGUGGACUAAGUGUGGAUAACUGCGACUGCAACUCGGAUUUCACACAUGAGGAUACCGCCACUGAGAUUACCGUUAAACCAACUACCAAACAAACCGUCGAGAUUAUUAUUUACGAGAGAUGUACAAUCGUGUGGGAGAUAAGAGUAGUGGGAUGGGAGGUUAUGUAUGGAGCAGAGUUUGUGCCGGAGAACAAAGAAGGAUACACAGUGAUAAUUCAGAAGCCGAGGAAGAUGGCUUCAGGAGAUGAACCGGUUGUGUCUCAAAGCUUCAAAGUUGGAGAAGUUGGCAAGAUUUUACUAACAGUGGAUAACCCAACGUCCAACAAGAAAAUUCUUAUUUACAGGUUCAAGGUUAAGCCUUUGCCGUGUGAGUAACAAAAGUUGCAUCUAUCUUCAAGUGUUUCUUAGCUAGAACUUGAUCAUAUGAUUGUUGGUUGUGUUUCUUUUUCUUCUUCUUCUAUGUGGCCGACAUAUGCGUGUGUUUCCUGUUUGUUAAAUGCGUUUAUUUUAGAUUUGUAUUUUGCUUUAGUAUCUCUUUAAUUUGCUUCCAAGGAGGAUGAUGUUUUGAGUAGUAAAUGGCUUUUAAAGGA